CACAAAGCCGGCAAGGCUUGCCCACAGAACCAGCGAGCCUGCCUGCCUAUCGCUGUGUCCCCUUGCUCCUUUCUGCUCAGGCAGCAGGGACUUCUCAUACACAGACUAUAGCGGGUACUUGCCUCGGCAGAUGGGUUGGGGCUUCCGAAUGGCCUGUCCUCAAGCCUGCAGCAGCAUCCCCAGUGGUACGACAGCGAGAGCAUCCAUUGGGUGUGUGUCGGGGAGAGGAACCAUUGAGUGCUACAGCAUGCAAGUGUUCAAUUUUACAAGACAUUGCCAAUUUUUCUCCCCCAAGUGUCUGUUCCAUUUACACUCCCACCGCCAGUGUAUGAGAGGUCCUGUUAUCCAUCUUCAACACUAGUGUUUGGUGCACCGGCCUUUAUUCUGUUAGAAAGCCUACAAUGGCUACGGAGGUGGAGACCCAGUUAGCUGAACAUCCACUGAUGAGUCCAAGGGCUGAGCUGAAGCCUGAAAAGAAGUCAGAGCACAGGCCAAGGAGCCACGGGGACGGCAGGCCACAGAAAGAACUGAUGAUCCCAGGGAUCGUGGAUUUCCAGCUGAUCCAAACGGCACCGAAGACCCCCAAGCCUCAAACCCCUGGUGCCUACCACUUUGGCCGCCUCAGCCACCACUCCUUCUUCUCCCGACACCACCCCCACCCACAACACGUGACCCACAUCCGAGAUCUCACCGGGAAGCCCGUGUGUGUCGUCAGAGACGAGUUCUCUCCGGCCCCCUUGCCUCAAGCCACACUUCUAUCCCGCUGUCUGAUGGGGAUGCCCACCAUCUCUGUCCCCAUCGGAGACCCGCAGUCCAAUCGGGAACCCCGGCUUUCUUCUGAGGCCUGGAAGAAGGAGUUGAAGGACCUGACUUCCCAGGUGGCCAUCUUCACCAAGGAGAAUGAGCUGAAGAGCAAAGAGCAGAAAGAGGAGCCUCAGCGGCAGCAGGGGGCAAAGUACUCAGCCGAGACCGGAAGGCUCAUCCCCACUUCCACCCGAGCCAUUGGUCGCCGCCACUCCCGCCAGAGCCCCUGGAUUUAUCCUUCUGGCAAAGAUGGAGGAGUCCAGACCAUUGUCCUGCAGGAUCAGGAGCUGCUGGUCCCAACUCCAGCCGACCGCAGCCACAGCCGCCAUCAGCAGCCCCGCCUAGGGAGCCCCCAUAUCCCACCCGACCCAGAGCUGGAUCUCCCCCCGAUGACACUUACCUGGAGAACACAGGUGGAAGAGGGCCCGGAAGUGGCAGAGAUGCCCGAGGCCGAGGAAGCGGCCAAGGAAGCGGCCGAGAAAGAAGCGUGCACGCUGCUCGGCGAGAUGGAGCCCCAGGCUGGGCAGUCUGCAGAAGCAGCCAGCCCUGACCCUCAGCCCGCCCACUGGGAUCACCCCACCUCCAUGCUAGCAUCUCCAGACCCUGGGAGCUCCAGGGUGGGAAGGCCUGUGGGGUUCCUGAAAUCCCCACGCCAAGGACCCAGGGAUCUGGGACUCGAUCCUGGAGCUCCUUUGUCAGAUCCUGCAGACAGACUCCUUGAGCGUUAUCCAGUUCUGGCUCCUGUAUGCUCCCCCGAAGGAGAAAGACCUGGCGCUGGGACUCCUGCAGACAGCGGUGGCUCAGCUCCUUCCGCAGCCCCUAGACUCUAUCCCGGUGGAAAAACUUCUCGAUCAGCUCCAGGAAGUCCAAGAGCCAUCUCAAGAGAGGCAACAGCCAUCCUACAGCCAAUCCCCGAAGAAGACGAAGCCACCGCCCCUACCCAAAGGCGACAAACCAGAGUACGUCGGGAGAGCACAAGUUCUUCGGAUGCAUUCAAGCCAGAACGCAGAAGAGAGAACUUCAAAGCCAAAGGCAGAAUGCUGAGUCCGAGUCCCUUUGCCUGCCUUGCUCAGGAGCUGCCCCCAGGUUUGAGGCUGUUCUCAGCCCCACCACCUCAACAGCAACACCGAUUUUCCUAUCACACAGAGCCCAUUAAAAGGCUGCCUUCCCUUUAGGAGGACAA